AUGCUUACAAUAAUAUGCAACCACAGCAAAAGACACCACAUACUGGCGUUUGUGCUUGCAAAGAUAUUCAAGGGCGUAGAGUCGGUGUACUCCAACGAGGACGAGGAAGGGUUUUUCAACUAUAGCUCGUUGGGCGACCUUCUGGAGCGCAUCCCUGAGUUUUCAGUUGAUUCUAUGGAGUAUCUUGGAACCUGGAAAGUGGGCAUGGCAUAUGCUGAAGUAAUUGAAAAGGCGAAGUUUCUGGAGGAAACCAACCUGGGCGCCCUUCAGAAAACGCAGAAAAUUCUUCUGUUUUUCCUGCUGUACUCUGAGAUGAUAUUCGUAAACCUUUUGAAGUCUAAGAAGCUGAAAGACAUGCCCAACGUAAGCGCGUUCUAUGCGGAGCAGCUAAAAGAGGCCAGCGAGCUUAUCAAGGCGUACGACAGGCAGAAGAAGCAGGACACAAAGCCUGAAGACCAGGCGUCCUUCGACAUUGGCCUGCCUGCUGGAUACAAAGUUGUCACGCGGUUCCCGCCAGAGCCAAGCGGCUACAUGCACAUAGGCCAUGCGAAGGCUGCUCUGCUGAACCAGUACUUCGCAGAAACGUACAACGGAAGCAUGAUUGUGCGAAUGGACGACACCAACCCGUCGAAGGAGAAGGAGGAGUACGAGAGAACGAUCAUGGAGGACAUAUCCAUGCUGGGAAUAACCGAGUACAAAACAACCCGAACAAGCGACCACUUCGGGCGGCUUUUUGAGCUUGCAAAAGAGAUGAUACGCAGCGGGCUGGCAUACUGCGACAAUACCCCAGUUGAGCAGAUGCGAAUGGAAAGAGACAAGGGAAUACCCUCGGCAAACAGAAACACGUCCCCGGAGACAAAUUUGGAGAUAUUCAACAAAAUGGCCACAACUGCCGAGGGCGACGCCUUCUGCCUGCGCGCCAAGAUCGAUAUGGAAAACCUGAACAAGGCCAUGCGAGACCCUGUCAUCUACAGAGUCAACCUGAUCCCGCACCACUACACAGGCACAACGUACAGAGUCUACCCAACGUACGACUUCGCCUGCCCGGUGGUGGACAGUCUCGAGGGAAUCACCCUGGCCUUGAGAACAAGCGAGUACAGGGACAGGAAUGCGCAGUACAUGUGGUUUAUAUCCGCGCUCAAGCUCGACAACAGGCCAAUUAUUUGGGACUUUUCCAGGCUGAACUUCAAAAAAACCGUGCUGAGCAAAAGGAAUCUGAAAGAGCUCGUGGAGAACCAUUUGGUCACAGGGUGGAACGACCCGCGCAUGCCCACAAUUCGGGGAAUCACGCGAAAAGGCCUUACAAAACAGGCCCUGAAGGAGUACGUUAUUAUGCAGGGCCCUUCCAAGAACACGGUCUUCCUGGAGUGGGACAAGCUCUGGUCCAUCAACGCGAAAAUAGUGGAAAAAACAGCCCGAAAGAUUCACGGCGUCGGAAAAGGCGAAAUGGCAGAAUUGCACAUUGUGGCUGACACUGCGCUGCUGAGCAAAGCAGCGGCCAGAAAGGUGACUGAGACCGUCUAUGUGGCGGGAGCAGACGUGCAGCGCAUGCGUGCAGGGGACACGCUCACUCUCAUGGGGCUUGGAACUUUCAUAGUUUCGCAGGAGGCUCCGCUUUCUGUGAAGCCGCACGACGUACCUCCAAAGGAGACGAAGGCCCGGCUCACGUGGAUACCGUGCGAGACCGUUGAGGCCCGCGCGUUCGAGUAUGGAGAUCUGAUCACCGUGGACAAGAUGGAUGAAAGGCCCAUAACUGAGGUUUUUAACAGUAACUCCGUGGCAGAAAAGACUCUGCUCUGUGACGAAAGAGCUUUGCUCGCUAAGCAGGGAGACUUCGUGCAGAUUGAGAAGAUGGGAAUAUACAUUGUGGACUCCCUGCAGCCGCUCGUUCUGAACCUGGUCCCAGCGACAAAGCAGCAGAACAGGAAAAAACCCGCCCAGACAGAUGCUGGGCCUGCAAAGAGCAGCGAAGUGCCCAGGAAGGGCAAGUAG